CAUUGUCCAGCAUGUCCUCUUUAGCUUUGGGCCUCUGUGUACAGGCUUUGCUAGCUUAAAGAAAUAUACUGUACUUUCCUCAUGGCCUCCCCUGCAGUUCUACAGUACAGGUUGUAUUUUUAUCAACGCAUAAUAAUAAGGACAUGCUGCACAGUCAAAGAACACCAACCAACGCACCUGAGUUAUACACGAAGGAAAUACAGUUGGUGUGUCACUCAACAAGAACGGAAAGCCAUCUCUUCAAAUGCUAUGCAUUGCUGGAGAAGCUUUUUCAAUGGCCAGUCUCGAGGAAUAUUUGGGAAAAGUGGUGGGAGCUCCAAACAGCAAACUCUUGAGGACAUUGCAAAGGGCAUCAAAGAACAGGAAUACAAGAGGGUUGUGGUGAUGGCAGGAGCAGGGAUCAGCACACCCAGUGGCAUUCCAGAUUUCAGAUCUCCUGGCAGUGGUCUUUAUGACAACCUUCAGCAGUACAACCUACCUUAUGCAGAGGCUAUUUUCGAAAUCAACUACUUCCACCACAACCCCAAGCCCUUCUUUGCUCUGGCCAAAGAGUUGUACCCAGGAAACUAUCAACCCAACCUGACCCACUAUUUUGUUCGUCUUCUUCAUGACAAGGGACAGUUAUUAAGGAUGUACACCCAGAACAUUGACGGAUUAGAGCGAAUUGCAGGCAUUCCUCCCAACAUGCUGGUUGAGGCACAUGGAACAUUUGCCACUGCCACCUGCACUGCAUGCAGAAGGGAUUAUAAAGGAGAAGAACUGUAUGCAGAUGUGAUGAAAGGAGCCAUCCCGAAGUGCCCCACCUGCAAGGGGGUGAUAAAGCCUGAUAUUGUGUUCUUUGGGGAAGAGCUUCCCCAGUACUUCUUCAUGUACCUCAAAGACUUCCCUAUGGCUGAUCUGCUUAUCAUAAUGGGUACUUCCCUGGAGGUGGAGCCAUUUGCCAGCCUGACAGGUGCGGUGCGGGGCUCAGUGCCGCGCCUGCUGGUCAAUCGGGACCUGGUGGGUCCCUUUGCAUGGGGAUCCCCACGGCCCAAUGAUGUGGCGGAACUUGGGGAUGUGGUUAGUGGAGUGUCAAAGCUGGCGGAUGCUGUGGGCUGGACAGAAGAGCUGAAAGCCCUCAUUGCUGCUGAGACGAAAAAGGAGAAUGAAGAAUGAGAUGCCUGGUGUUUCUGUCUCUGCCAAACAGUAGGCACCAGCCUAAACUCAGGAUCCAAUCACAUGGUCUGUUUAACUGUAAUAUGCACACUACUGCACAUCUGCGGAUAGGGUAGAAUUAUCUUCUUCUAUACUCUUCUCUGUAUCUGUCUAUAUUGUGGUGGAAUACAAUGUUCUUGGGAUGAUAUGAAGGCUCACCUUAGCUAAUAGCUAAUCUAAAUCUUUCUCAUGGAGCUAGGCAUGCUAGCUUAUGGCACUCUUCCAUGCACAUAUUUUGGAAUGUUGGUUUGUGAUUUAAGAAGCUUUGAAAGUAUUUAUGAGCAUACUUAUGAGCAUGCUCUAGUAAGUAAGUUUGAGGACUGUGAGGUGCAGCUCCCUAUGAAAGUCUACCACCGAUAGUGAAGGAAGGAAGAUGCUUUCAUUGUGGCUUGGAGUAGCCUACUUAGAGAUUGUGCUGAUCAUUUCAUUACCAUGUUUAUGAGAUGUAUUUCUUUAUUUAUGUUGAAUUUCCUACAUAAUUUUAAGGUGCUAAUGGUUUUUAUAAAUAAAAUACUCCUUCAAAAAGGGUUCAAGAUGCUCUUCAUAAAGACACAUUUCCCCCUUCAAACUUC